AUGGGCGCGGAACUAUCCAAACCAGCCGAGCCGAACCCGUGCGCGGGCGAGAUGGGAACCUACGUGAAGUGCGUGGAAGCGAAGACUGCCGAGAGCGGGGGACUGCGCGACGGCGAGGAGUGCGAGAAGGAGAGCGAGGCCUAUCGCGAGUGCCGAAGGAAGGUCAAGGAGCUCAAGGCCGCCGUCAAGAAGUGA